AUGAAAUUACUUAUUUAAGCGACAGAAAGUAGAGGAUUUGAUCUGUUUCUCAGACUACAUAUCCAUCUUGCAUUCAUCCGGCGUACAUCCUCCAUUCAUCUGCAGCUAUAUACGCGGAUCGCUUCAAUUAUGGACCCUUACCAACUACUCACGGAAAGAUUCACCCUGGACAACAAACCUUUACUUUUAUCUGCCACCUUUAGCUUUGCAAUCGGAUAUUUGCAGUAUGUCUACGCCAUCAGGCUCACACUACGUGAGGGAAAAGGUCCGAUACCUUUCUGGAUGCACCAAUUCUACCUCGCUCACGACUCUACAUGGGCUUACCUAUUAAACGGAGCCGCUUCUCGACACGAUGAGCACUGGUUCCUCCGGGGUACUUCAACUGCACUUCUAUUGUGGACUUGCCUGGAGGUCUUUUGUAUCCACAGGAGCGUCUUCAAAGACCGUGAGACUACGUUCUCGUCUUUACUUGGACCUAAUUCUUCCUCGAGAUCUGUACUGCAGUAUACGAUUCUCAUGCAGCUUGGGAUGUACUCUAUCGUCGUGCUCCUCAUAUUAUUGAUAGGCGAAGGGUGUCUUAUGCAAUGGUUCUGCCUCACGAAUGUUCUUAUCGUUAUAGGCCCAAUCCAUGAGUACUUGCGGCGCGGUUCGAGACAAGGACUAUCUUUAGGGUUUUGUUUGGUCAAUGUUGCCUGUGUUGUGUGGACGUUUACACCUUUCAGCUUUUGGGUGCUUUCUAUUCCGGAGAUAUUCGAUCAGCGUGCCUAUUACACCAUUGGUCUCAUCCUUGGUCUUUGCAGCAUAUGGGCCUACCUCAUUGUAGCAAGAUAUCCCCCCAAAACACCCAGAAAAGACGGGAAGGCCCCGAUCUGGUAGUAAGGUAUUGUCCCUGCGCAAGAGCGCACACAGUCUAAAUACUCCUGCGCUAUCGACAUUCUCAUGUACCGCACAAUGCCAAACAUAAAGUCCGCGUCAAUGACUGGCUUGACAAGACUUUAAGUUUGAAAAUCUUCGGAAUAUUAUAAUUUUUAUUACAUAC